GCCCAGAGAAGGAAGGAAAAAAAGAAAAGAAAAAAAGAAAGUGGUCAAAGACCAGUACGGUAGACCGACCAGAUCCUCCCUGCCCUACUUGCUGGUUUCUCUAGCGAGAGCUGAAGGCCUGUGGGUGGGAACCUCACUCGGCUUGCGACCUGUCUGCACGCAGCCCUUCCCCACACGCUACUUACAGCAGCCGCUGGCCCUACUAAGCUUUCAUCGUUGUCGACAAGCUUUCUCUUCCAAUAUCCACUGCCAUUCGUACGUUGCAGGCUGUAGUUCAUCUCAAAUCCCUCCAAAGUUCCGCCGGAGAGCAACGAAUGUGAUAGAGACUUUCGGGAGAUAUCAAGAAAGGCUAAAAAGGGAAAGAGAAACAUCCACCAAGAAAAGACGGGCUCCCCGGGAUAUCGAGGACAACGUGAGAGUGAGGGGGAAAGGAAAGGAGAAGAAGAAAAAAAGGCUACAAAAAACAAGCGGAAGGCAAGGAAAAAAACAAGAGGGAUUAUCACCACUACCACAACCAGACACCCGCGACUGCCGCUGCUGAUAUCAAUACAAUACAAUAACUGCAAUGGCAUCCCCGCCCCCUGAUACUCCUCCGGACGAAACAAUACUGUCGACAUCCUCCAUCUUCUUUUCAUUUUCACCCGCCCCGCUUCCUGGCAUAUUCUCCUUUACAUCGCCGCCUCCCGCUGCAACCACAGUAUCAUCCUCGUAUUCGUCGUCAUCGUAUCCUCGAAAACGAGCACGACCACUGGCGGACAUCGAUGGGCUGGAUGGUGACUUUCGUGACUACAACAAGAAACGUCGGUUACGACUAAAACUUAUCACCUCGCGACUGAGCGAACCCUUUGCCGUUCCCCCAACAAACAUACUGGACCGGGGAAAUUGCUCUCGAGUAGCGUUAUGGGCGAAGACCAGAGCUGUUUCGCGGAACGUCCUGAGAAAAGCGGCCAUACUGAAUAAAAUAAAAAGAGACGCUAUGGCUGCGAGAGCUGCUCAGGAACGGCAGGUUGAGAUAGCCAGGCAACAAUUCAGGUAGAAGAAACCAUCCAAUAUUCCUCCAUCCCACGUUACUUUGCCUUGCCUUCUGCCCGCUCGACUGGGGAAAAGAGGGAAAAAGAGCCUGACAUCGUCCCUCACUCUUUUGAUGAUUUUUUUGAACCUUUCUUGCUAUUUUUUUUGGAUGAACGGAAACAUAUGAAUCUGACAUAUACUAUUUUGUACGAUCCAGAGAAAGGUUUGCGGCGGCUGCCCAAUCGAGUCCCAAACGAAAUCAUGUAGCCCAGUUUCACCCACCGCUGGAUCAAGAGGCGUAUAUAAUGAAGCCUCGGAAAACCAAGGGCUCCAAGGGCUCGCAGCACUCAAAAAAAGUUCAUAAACCAGACCUAUCGAGUAUGCCAGACCCCUACGGGAUCCCAAAACAUCGGCGGCCGCCAACACCACCCAGCGAAUCGGAACUGGAUUGGCAACGACAGGGAAUGGGCUUGGGCAUCUGAGUGAAUAGGAUAUCAGACAAAGAAAAAUCGAAAUCAGAAAAAAAAAAAAAAAACCCUUGAUGAAAAGUUCUGGGAGGGUUUUUCGUUAGAUGUCACUUUUUGUAUUCCUCUUUUUUUUUUCUUGUUCGUGGUGUUGAUACUUUGAGUGGGGUAACGGGGAUUGGUCAUUUGGGGGAUGCGGAGUCAUGGAGCCAACUUUUCGGGAGAAAACAAAAACAGGGUUUUUUUUUGUUCCUUUCUAAUUUCUGCUUAGCCUUUUUUGCUUUCUCUCUUUUUCGCUCGCUUUGCGGACAUGUACAACGAAAAUAUUUUCUUCUUUGCGCUUUAUUGGGAGGGAUUCGUCAAAUUCUGUAUUCUGUCAUCCUUAUUUAUUCAUGUCUUAACUCUUGCCGGUGGCUUUUGUUCAUACGGCUUUUUUGGGGGUGAGUUUGUUGGCUCUAUCUCUAGCAAUGUCGCACACAAUCUGCAUGUAUUCCAAAUUUUUGUACGUUAGUUAACCUCGCAGCGAUACCCUAGGAAGUGGGGAGUAGUGAUAGUAGGGUAUAACGAGAGAAGGGAUUACAAGGAUAGGGAGGCGGAGGAAAGCUGAGUUUAGUGGGGGGGGGGAAGGAGGUUGAAGGGGAAAGUGGUAGGAAAAGGCGGAGGGCACUUUGAUGGCUUCUUCUUUCUCAGCUUCGAAAUCCCCUCGCGUGAUUCUCCUUUCCAUAUCUU